CACCAGCGAAGAAGAAAUCGUCAACAGGAAGUAGGAGCCGCAGUUGCUGAAGGUCUCCAACAUGGCGGGCAGACGGGCUCUGAAGGCGGUGCUCAUCGACCUGAGUGGAACUCUACAUGUAGAAGACGCAGCAGUGCCUGGAGCGCAGGACGCCCUGAAACGGUUACGGCAGGCGUCCGUAGCUGUGAAGUUUGUGACCAACACAACAAAGGAAAGUAAGAGGCACUUACUGGAACGACUACAUCGUCUCAACUUUGACCUCCAGGAGAAGGAGAUCUUCACUUCACUGAGUGCUGCGAGGAGUUUGUUAGAGCAGAAACAACACAGGCCGCUGCUGCUGGUGGAGGACAGUGCACUGGAAGACUUCGCUGGCAUUGAAACCUCCGAGCCAAACGCUGUCGUCAUCGGGCUCGCUCCAGAUCACUUCAACUACCAAACACUCAACGAGGCUUUCAGAAUGAUUCUGGAUGGGGCUCCUCUCAUUGCCAUCCAUAAAGCUCGGUACUACAAACGUAAGGAUGGUUUGGCCCUUGGCCCCGGGCCCUUUGUGACGGGACUUGAGUACGCGGCGGACUGUAAAGCUACUGUGGUGGGAAAGCCAGAAAAGGCUUUUUUCACUCAGGCUCUGUCUGAUUUGGGUUGUAGCCCCAAUGAGGCUGUCAUGAUAGGCGAUGAUGCCAGAGAUGAUGUAGGCGGGGCUCAGAAUGCAGGAAUGUUGGGAAUUCUGGUCAGAACCGGUAAAUACAGAGCAGGAGAUGAGAAAAAAAUCAACCCUUCUCCCCACCUGACAUGUGACAGUUUCCCAGAAGCUGUUGAACACAUCCUGAAGAACCUGCUAUAAGCUUAGACGUAACAGAGCUCUACAGUUUCUUCUUCCAGAUCAAAAAUAAACAUUUACACAAAAAUGUCUAUUUCAGGGUGGAGAACUACUUUUUCAAGUCCAGAGUGUUAAAGUAAAGCAUGCAUAUAAGAAUUACCAACCAUCAUUUGCAACAAUAACAAAUGUUUUGUCAUUAUGUAUGAAUACAAGUUUGAAUAGAAAGAUAUCCAGCAUCGUGUUUAUGAUUUUUGUACAGAAACUUAAUUAAAGACAAUAGUCCAGAAUGCUAAAAAGUAAAUGUAAAGCAUGCAUUUUAGAAGUACCCCCCCCAUCUGUUGUCAUAAAUAAAUGUGUUUGAAUAAAAAGAUA